UAUCACACACACAAGCGCGCAGAGCAGAGCAGAGACUUUUUUUUAACUGACAAGCACCGAAAAUAAUUAGUUAAAAAAAAAAAUCAGAAAGACCGCGUACUCUUCUCUGUCGAUCACCAGAUCUCAGUCUUCAAAUUCUCAUUAGGGUUUCCAGAUCGACUUUUCAGGAUUCGGUGAUCGAGAUUGUUUUACCGAUUCGAUCUCAGACAUCCGUCUCUCCGACAAUGGCGAAGCCGAGGAAUUCUCGCAUGUCGACGCGGAAGUCACCGUCGUCGACUCUUAUCCUCACUAUGCUUCUCAUGUUCACUUUCGUCAUUCUCAUCCUCCUUGCCCUUGGGAUCCUCUCGAUUCCCAGUAACUCAGGAGACUCUCCCAAAGCUAACGAUCUCAACUCAAUUGUACGGAGGAAUGUGGACAGUAGUGAAGGAGAUGAGGGGAGAGGAGAGCAGUGGGUGGAAGUGAUCUCUUGGGAGCCGAGAGCCUUCGUGUAUCAUAAUUUCUUGACCAAGGAGGAAUGUGAGUAUCUCAUCAAUCUUGCCAAGCCUCAUAUGCACAAGUCAACAGUUGUUGAUAGUGAAACGGGAAAGAGUAAGGAUAGCAGGGUGCGCACAAGCUCUGGGACAUUCCUAGCUAGAGGACGUGAUAAAAUGAUUAGGAAAAUAGAGCAAAAGAUUGCAGAUUUUACCUUCAUACCUGUAGACCAUGGUGAAGGACUACAAAUACUCCACUAUGAGGUUGGACAAAAGUAUGAGCCUCACUUUGACUACUUUAUGGAUGAGUACAACACAAAGAAUGGGGGUCAACGCAUAGCUACGGUUCUUAUGUACCUCUCAGAUGUUGAAGAAGGUGGCGAGACAGUGUUCCCUGCUGCUGUAGGCAAUUUUAGUACUCUGUCCUACUGGAAUGAAUUAUCUGAGUGUGGGAAAAGGGGGCUUUCUGUUAAACCAAAAAUGGGAGACGCAUUGCUCUUUUGGAGCAUGAAGCCUGAUGGCACCUUAGAUCCAUCAAGUUUGCAUGGUGGUUGUGCAGUGAUUAAUGGUAACAAAUGGUCGUCUACAAAAUGGAUGCGUGUCAAUGAGUACAAGGUCUAAGUUGAACCUGCAAGGUAUCAGAGGAGACAACUAAUGGUUAAAAUUAUGACUUUCACCUGGUCUCUCCGUUGUAAGUUGUAGUCUCAGGCUCAGCAGAGAAUUUCAGCUCAUAUGAUUUUGUAUACAAGCUCAUCAGCGUCUUCCAUCCUUGCUGAUGUUCUGCUAUCCGUAGGAUCACUCGCACUAUUGUUUGGAGCCUUUCAAACAACUGAUAAAAAUAAGUUUUUCUAUGUUCCCUGGGUAUCCGGAGCUUCAGAAAAGGUUUGGCAUUGGCUGUUCAUAGAGACAAGUUCUUUGCCAAAUGGGAAAGCAAGAACCAUUCUAUAAUGAAUGUAUGUUAUUUUCCUUAUUUUUUAGUGUUUUACGCUUAAUAACCCCCAUUUUGUUUGCUGAAAAAUGUUUUUACAUAUUGAAUUUCAGUAAAAACUUUUUUACCCUUUUGCCACUUA